AUGGAAAAUCAAACCACAGUGAGUGAGUUUAUUCUCCUGGGAUGUUCCAGUGACCCACAGAUGCAGAUUUUCCUCUUCCUGGUCUUUUUAGUAAUUUAUCUUAUCACUCUGGUGGGGAACAUGAUGAUCAUGGUGGUGAUAAGGGCUGAUCCUCACCUACGCACCCCCAUGUACUUCUUCCUCUUCCAUUUAUCCUUGGUCGAUAUCUACUAUUCCUCAGCCAUUGUCCCUAAGAUGUUGGUGAAUUUCUUAGCAGAGAAGAAAACCAUUUCCGUCAAUGGCUGCCUCACCCAGAUGUUCUUCAUUUUUCUUGCAUGGUCUGGUACAGAAAUUUUCCUUCUCUCAGCCAUGGCAUAUGACCGCUAUGCUGCCAUCUGUGACCCAUUGCAUUAUGUGGAGAAAAUGAACAAAGGGAUCUGUGUUCAGCUGGUGAGUGGUACAUGGACCAUUGGAUUUUUUUAUGCCCUGCUCAACACAGUUUUUGUCCUCAGGUUGCAUUUCUGUGGGCUCAAUCAAAUCCACCAUUUCAGCUGUGAGCUCCCUCCUCUAUUACAUCUGUCCUGCAUUGAGACCCUCACCAAUCAAGUGGUGCUUCUCACUUCUAUUGUGAUACUGGGAACAAGCUCCUUCUUCUUCACCCUGAUCUCCUACAUUCACAUCAUCUCCACCAUCCUGCGGAUACGCUCUGCGGAGGGCAGGCAUAAAGCCUUCUCCACCUGCAGCUCCCACCUGAUUGUGGUUGGCUUGUUCUACCUGACAGGUUUUAUCCAGUAUACAAAACCCAGCUCUGUGUCCUCUGUGGUGCUGAAUGAAAUGUUCUCCAUCCAGUACAGCAUCUUGACCCCCAUGUUAAACCCCAUCAUUUACAGCCUGAAAAACAAGGAAGUGAAAACAGCUGUAGGAAAAAUACUGGUGAAAUUCAAGUCUCUUAGGUUUUUUUUAAACAGGAGCCCACAGAACUGUGGAUAA